AUGACCCCCCGACCAGCCUCCCCCAUGGGCUCCACCCCGGCCCUCCCGCCAGACACUUCGUUGACGUUCACAUCCCUCGACAAGAAAACCAAAGCUCAAUGGGAAUGCGUAGCCACGAACAUCGCGAACCACGUGCCUCAAGGGGCCAGAUACGCGUUGCCGUCGGAUGUGGUGGUGACGUUCUUGAAGCGUGCAAUGGAAGGCACGACCCCCGAGACUUGGCACGUGGCCCUUCAAGACUUGGAGAAAGGACAUGUCAAAGUUGUGUUGACAGUGGCUAUUUUGGGGGUCCUUGAUGCGGACUUCUUGUUCAAGAUUGUGUCGUUGGUGGUUGAACGAAUUGACUCUUUGGAGGCCAAGGUUCGCGAUUUGGAGGAAGGAUUGGGGGCUGAAUCAACUGAUGUCGACAUGGCCGAAGAAGGAGGAGGGCAGUGA